CACAAAUGAGGUAACGUACAGUAUUUGUUCUAUCUUACUAGAGAACGAAACGCGAUGGACAGACACUGUUCUGUUGAAGAGCAGCACGUUUAUGUCACAUGAACGAAGAAUUGAACCGUCGAGCGGCAAAGUAAAAGCGUGCAACACCUUGGAAAGAAAAUAUCGCGUCAACGUUUGGUCGGGGGCACACAUUUUACAAGGAACUUCGACAGCUGUGUGUUUUCAAACAAGCCAUCAACAAAGAAUGAAACCCUUCAAACGAGCUCUGGAAGAGGAGCGGAGGCGAGAGCAGGAGCUGUCAGCCAUGACUGACAGCGACCCCUUUGAGGAUGACAGCUCCACCCUCGACCUGUCUGGAGGGGGUGGGGGCUCGGGCAAGCGGCGUCGCCGUGGCAACCUGCCCAAGGAUGCGGUGCAGGUGCUGCGGUGCUGGCUGUACGAGCACCGCUUCAACGCCUACCCCUCAGAGCAGGAGAAACUCGGAUUGUCAGAUCAGACCAGCCUUUCUGUGCUGCAGAUAUGCAACUGGUUCAUCAAUGCCCGCCGCCGCCUCCUCCCUGACCUGCUCCGCAAGGAUGGCAAAGACCCCACCCAGUUCACCAUCUCCAGGCGGGCGGGGAAGGGCGAGUGCCGCCCAGCCACUGGAGGAUGUGGCGGAGGUAGUUCCCCUGAAAGCCCCACCUCAGUCCCCUCUCCAGCCCUGCCCCCUCUCAGGCCCUCUGUCAUCCGACCAGCCCCCACACUGGACCUCAGCCUCCUGGGAAAUACUGCCACUGCCAUCCUUUUGGGAGCUGGCUACCCCAGCCAAGAGGGCUACUGUGUCAAGGCCCUGAUGCAGCAGAGUCUCCUGAGGAGGGAGGCCGAGGAGAAUGGCUCCAAGGUUAUCAGCGCCAGCCCCACUGGCGGGCUAUUCAACACGCCGCCCCCCACGCCUCCGGAGCUGUGCCCCAGCCAGGACUUCAGUGACCUGAGGUUGCUGGUGGAUGCAGCUCUCCAGAGGGCCGCCGAGCACGAGAGUCAGAGGCUGCUCCCGGAGUACCAGAGCAGGGCCACUACAGAAGCCACAGGUGGCUGCAUCCACAGCAGCAGUGCUAUGGGUCUGACCACUCCACCGGCACAGAGCCAAGCUACCUUUGAUUCGCCCAGAGAGAAGAGUCCUGCGAACAUGGCUGUGGUGUCCCCAGUUUCAGUCCUAAUCCAUGUCCCAGUCUGCUCUGCUCCUAAACUCGCCAUGGCCUCUGUACCUGCUCCAAAUGUGCCUCCCCGCCUAGCCCAAGUGCCAGUUUCAACCCCCUUUCCAACCUUUGUCCCAGCACCAACCUUAUCCCUGGUUCCAGCUUCAACUCCGAUCCCAACCAAACCCCUUCUCCCAGCCCCAAGCCCUGUUCAAACCUUUGCUGGUGCACCAACUGUGUCCUGUGUCCCAACCUCAGUCCCAGCUCCAAGCUCUACCCAAGUCCCAACCCUAACCUCUGUCCCAACCCCGGCCCCACCUUUAGCCCCAGCACCACCAGCCCUCACCCCAUUCUUGGGCCUGGCUUCCCUCCAGCCCUUGUCCUCCUCCAUCCCCAACAGCAGUGUCCAGAGGGCCCAGUCGAUGCCCAGUGUGUGGAGUGUGGUCCACAGCGAUGCUACAGUCCGACAGCCUGUCCCCGUGGUUCAGACUCCCAUGGCCGCUGUGUGGGGGCCACAGCACACCUUGCGCGCCGUCAGCGAAACAGUCAAUUAGAGCCAUGGCCACUCCCUUGUCUGUGAGGAGCACCAUAUCCCUUCUCAGACUGCCCCGAACUGUGUGUAUGUUCCCUUCAUCGGCCCCUCUGACACUAUGCUCUGCAGAAUUCAUGCAUACGGUUCAUACAUCAGACGCUGGGAAUGAUACGAGGGAUGGAAAGACAAUUGUUUUUAAAGACAGUGCUUUUUAAGCAUUUUUAUCAGGACUUUAAAAACUUUUAUCCAAUGCAGAGGGCCGCCGAGCAGCCUCCAAUGCAGACUGUUGCUGGGUGGAACCUUUCAACUUGGUUUUUCAAUCAACAUUUCAGAGUAUAGGUUAAAUGUUGCGACGGUUGACAUAAGAACGACGACACCAAGUUCUGUAAUGUAGUUAACUCCCUUUUCCACUAGGAGGACAUUUCCUUCCCCCAUGAUUUAUUUUUAUUUUGAAUAUUAUUAUUAUUUUUUACAGUUUGAAGUUGCACCAGUAGAGCUAGGCUUAUCAGUAGCAAUACUGGACUUGGUUGAAUGUAUUAAGGUCACUUAUCUCAGGCUGUCUAGCCUGUCAAUCAUUCCCACCAAGGUUAAACAAGGGCGGACCUGGGGCUGAGACAGGUGUGUUUUUCAAGCCCAGGUGUUGUGCUCCUCCAGUACAGUUUAUGCACUUUAGAUAUUUUCAUUUUUUUAGUCUGUCCACAUCUUCACACAGUGCCGGAAGACAGGUGGAAGGGGAAGUUGAUAGUAUUGCAGUGUGCCUGACUGCACAGCUUCAAUGUCUGUCUCCUCUCCUUGCCUUAAAGCUACUGUAAACAAGUGGUCAUCAUGGAUUCUACAUUUUUAAGACACUAAAUCAUCAGUUGCAAAGAAUAUGAACUCUGUUUUUUUUACUUUGUAAAAUGUUCAUUUAAACCUAUUUCCAAAAUAGUAUCUUAGCAGGUAAACUGUUUUUGUGUGUGUGUGUAUACACACACACAAAAGAGGAAUGUUUUUUAUUUUUGUUGGUCUGUUACUUUCUGCGCUAUCUUUAUGCAUCAUGUACAAUUUCUAGGGAUGUAUUGUUUUUAUUGUGGAUGUGAAGAAGGUGGAAUUCCUGUCUGUGUGUUUGAGAACGAUGGGGCGGGAGGUCACAUUGGUCCCGUUAUAGAAAUCAAUUUUGUGGCGAAGCUAAAGGCUUAGUUGGGUGACACCACCAGGCUGUCUCCUCAUUCUUAAGGGUAAUGUAACACUUGCUAUAAGUGCCCUAUUAUGCCAUAGUCUUUUUAUGGAUGAAGCCUGUCACAAACAUUUCAAGGUUUUGGGCCCUCCUGUUUGGAGAGGGAUUGACCCAAGUAGCGGAUCAUUGGCGGCUUAAGAUUUGGGCCUUGUAUUUCAAACCAAAAUAUGUCUUAAUUGAAACGCCUGUAGUUGUUCGCUUGGAUGACAAUCUGGUCAGUGUUGUAUUGAAUUCAUUGAUUUUUAAUGUUGAGUAAGUUAUUGAGAAGCAAACUGUCUGACUUCCUUUUCCUCUCUCUUUUCCCUCUGUUUUAGUGAAGUAUAUCCUCUCGUUAGAGUAUUUUACUAUUUCUUAUACGGUUGUAGUUUCCAUGAAACAAUCUCUCCUACAUAUUAUGGCCAAAUCGACGCCGCACAAAGUUAGUUGGGCCCUACUACGUAAACAGUGCUGCUGCAAAGUAAUUUUCUUCUGUCAUGGGUCAGUUGAAAUGGGACUAACUUAGUCUUUAUAGUUGUUACCAGUGCCAUACAUGUAAUGACCCUGGUGGUGAUUUUUUUUUAAUUUUUUUUACAGCUAGAUGCAUGAGAAGAGCUGAUAUGGAAUUCCGUGUUAUUAUUAACCUAGAUUUGUGACUAGCAUAAAUCCCCAUUCCUUCGCUACCACUUGUUUUCGGCUCUUUCAUGAGGCUUAAUGUCAGCACCAUUUCCAGAAUUGUCUAGAAUGUCAGUGGGGAAGGGUAGAUGUUAUAGAUCUUCUGCAAACGGAGAUAUGUUGAGUCACCUCUUUUUCUCACAGUUUGGGUCGACCGUAGGGUUCAUUCAGACGUGAGUCUGAAUACUAAGCAAAGAAUGUUAACUAUUUUAACAGGUUUUGAAUAUAGAUGCAGUACAAUAAAGCGGGUAUGUGGUUUAUUCAUUACUACACUUCUACGUUACUACAUAUUACUCAUUGUGAUACUGGAAUCGGCUGGAUACUGAACAUUAUUUAGGACGGCUAUUUUAUAUAUAUCAGGUUUUGGAUGCAGAAUGAAACUUGAGUCGUAUAUGCCAAUGGGGAAAAUGCAUGCAAAUAUGUCAAGGUGGGGGGGGCAUGAACUGUCUCAAAUGUGUAGCAUCACAAUAUGACCAAAUGCAUCCUAAAUGUUUUUCCAUUUCACUGUGAAAUCAUGGCUGAUGUAUGGACAGUAUAACUGGCUAUUGUGCCUUAAACCUGGGAUUGAGGGAACAUGCCCCUUCUACAUAGAAACUUUUGAGUAGUCUGCAAUAUAUGCCUUAAACUUUAAAUGUGUUUUUGUACAAGCAUUUCAGAGAAUAAAACUUUUUUCA